CGGCCAUAGUUACUGCUAUAUAUCCAGAGAAUAUAGAAAUAUUUCUCACUGUUUAGAGCGGAACUUUGAUGUACUUAAUAUCCUAGGUCUUCUCAAUUUUUCCUGUCCACAAAAGCACCGAUUGCAAGCGCUUUCGCCGGUGCACCCGGUGUCGCCUAGGAGCUAGUUCAAUAUGACAGACGUACAGCAGUCUCCGUUUUUAAGGGAACUCACGUCGAGUGAUCGACGGACCCGUGAGAAAGCCCUCGACUCGUUAACAUUAUUCCUGAAAAGCCGUCGCGAUUUGCAGUUGAUUGAUCUUUUAAAGAUAUGGAAGGGCUUAUUCUUUUGUAUGUACCAUUGCGAUCGACCUCUAAACCAGCAAUCUCUCUCCCGUUCACUCUCAUACACACUCGUACCCAGUCUACCUGGGCAAAUCCUACAACCUUUCCUCCGUGCAUUUUGGAUAACGAUGUCGAGAGACUUCCAUUCCCUGGACCGACUCAGACUAGACAAGUACCUGUAUCUAAUACGUUGUUAUGUGGGUGUUGCCUUUGAGAUAUUCAUUAAAAAGGGCCUCAAAGCUAGAAAACAAGGGAUUCAGAAGACCACGGGAAAGGAGGAGAAAAUCAAUAGCAAAAACAGCAAAAAGAGGAAAAGAACGGACGAUGACGAAGAACAAGUGGAUAAUUGGGCUGAUUUGGAAACUUAUCUCGACCUGCUUCAAGAAGGCCCACUGUGUCCCAUCAAUUUUAAUAGCAAGCAGUCGGACUCCUCAGCCAUGCCAAAAGGUCCGGACGGCAUCCGCUAUCAUAUUAUGGACAUUUGGCUCGAUGAGCUUGAAAAAUGCGCCACCGAUGCCGUUGAGGAUGAUGAGAAUGCCGAUGUCGCUGAAGAGGAUUUGCCGAGAACAAAACUGAAGGAUGGGGUACCAAUGGAGCUGAUACUUCGACCUAUUGAGCGUUUAAAGGAGAAGAGUCCAAAUAAGACAGUUCGGAAGAGGGCAGCGGAGACUCUUGAAGAUGGCCGAUUAGUGAUGUGGGGUGUGAAAGAGUUAAAAGGGAUAGAAGAUUCUGACGAGGAUGAGGAAGGGUGGGGAGGGAUAGAGGAUUAGGCAUGCUCUAUUCCGUACUUAUUUGAGAAUUUGAACAAGCAAAAC